AUGAAGAUCCUAACGUCGCAAGAGAUCAAGGACCACAGCGCGUACACGCUCAAGGGCGGGCUGUACGGUUGUCUCGCCGGGCUCGCCGUCUCCGGGCUCGUGUUCCGGUUGGGCCCGAGACGGUUCCCGCGGUUCCAGCCGCAAGGCAUGCCCUGGUCCAUCCGGACCGCGCUGUUCAUCGCUCCGCCCACCCUGCUGACGGCGAUCUUCGCGGAGGAGGCCUCCAACAAGUUCGACUCCCUGACGUACUCGGGGGACUACAACAGGGAACAGUCGCAGCGGGACAGGCUCGAGAGGGAGGGGAUGUCCCUCAAGGACAGGGCCGUCGCCUCGCUGUCCGUCCACAAGUACAAGAUCAUCACGACGCUGUGGGCAGGGUCCCUGUGGGGGUCCUGGGUCCUCGUCAACAGGGACAAGAUCAUGACAAAGGCACAGAAGGCUGUCCAGGCAAGGAUGUACGCGCAGUUCGUGACUGUCGUGUUGCUGCUGGCGUCUGUGGUGCUGUCCCAGUACGAGAACAAGUUGCAGCCGGACAAGGGCAAGGACAGGGAGCACCAGCGGUGGGAACAGGCGUUGAAGGCUGCCGAGUUGCAGGAGAAACGCGUCGGCGGUGCCAGCUUCUCCUCCAACGAGGACAGGAUCAACGCCAAGAUCUUCAAGUGA